AUGGAGGGCGCAAUUGCAAACGGCCACACCAAUGAUUUCUGCAUUAAGGUUGAUCCGCUGAACUGGGAAAUGGCGGCUGACUCAUUGAAGGGCAGCCACUUGGAUGAAGUGAAGCGCAUGGUGGCGGAGUUCAGGAACCCCGCCGUGAAGAUCGGAGGCCAGACCCUCACCGUCGCUCAGGUCGCCGCUAUCGCCGCCCGUGAUAAUGCCGUCAAAGUGGAGCUCUCCGAGGCUGCCCGCCCCGGCGUGAAAGCCAGCAGUGACUGGGUUAUGAACAGUAUGAACAAUGGCACCGAUAGCUACGGCGUCACCACCGGCUUCGGCGCCACCUCUCACCGGAGAACCAAGAACGGCCAUGCUCUUCAGCAGGAGCUCAUCAGGUUCUUGAAUGCUGGAAUUUUUGGGACUGGAACAGGGGCAAGCCACACACUACCUCACUCAGCUACAAGGGCAGCUAUGCUUGUGAGGAUCAACACCCUUCUUCAAGGAUACUCCGGGAUCAGAUUUGAGAUCCUGGAAGCCAUUACUAAAUUGCUCAACCAUAAUAUCACUCCGUGUCUGCCUCUCCGUGGCACCAUCACCGCCUCCGGUGACCUUGUGCCUUUAUCCUACAUCGCCGGAUUGCUCACCGGCCGCCCUAAUUCCAAGGCGGUUGGACCCAACGGUGAGGCCCUCACCGCGGAGGAGGCGUUCAAACUCGCCGGAGUCAACGGUGGGUUCUUCGAGUUGCAGCCUAAGGAAGGGCUUGCACUUGUGAAUGGCACCGCUGUGGGUUCUGGCAUGGCGUCUAUGGUACUCUUUGAGGCUAAUGUUCUUGCGGUGUUGUCUGAGGUUUUGUCUGCAAUUUUCGCUGAGGUGAUGAAUGGGAAGCCUGAGUUUACCGACCAUUUGACUCAUAAGUUGAAGCAUCAUCCUGGUCAAAUUGAGGCUGCUGCUAUAAUGGAACAUAUUUUGGAUGGAAGCUAUUACAUGAAGGCUGCACAGAAGCUGCACGAAAUGGAUCCGUUGCAGAAACCCAAACAAGAUCGUUAUGCUCUGAGAACAUCUCCCCAGUGGCUUGGCCCUCAGAUUGAAGUCAUAAGACAAGCAACCAAAAUGAUUGAGAGGGAAAUCAACUCUGUCAACGACAACCCUUUGAUCGACGUUUCUAGAAACAAGGCCUUACACGGCGGCAAUUUCCAAGGUACCCCAAUUGGUGUGUCCAUGGACAAUUCUAGAUUAGCCCUUGCCUCCAUCGGAAAACUCAUCUUCGCGCAAUUCUCUGAGCUUGUUAACGACUAUUACAACAACGGAUUGCCGUCCAAUCUCACCGCCGGGAGGAACCCAAGUCUGGAUUAUGGAUUCAAGGGCGCUGAAAUCGCCAUGGCUUCAUACUGUUCCGAGCUUCAAUUCUUGGCUAAUCCCGUCACCAAUCACGUCCAGAGCGCCGAGCAGCACAACCAAGAUGUGAACUCCCUAGGUUUGAUCUCUGCAAGAAAGACAGCUGAAGCUGUUGAUGUGUUGAAACUCAUGUCCUCCACUUAUCUAGUGGCGCUCUGCCAGGCAAUUGAUCUGAGGCACCUGGAGGAGAAUUUGAAGAACGCAGUGAAGAACACGGUCAGCCAGGUGGCCAAGAGGACUCUCACAAUGGGCGUCAAUGGAGAACUCCACCCAUCAAGAUUCUGCGAAAAAGACUUGCUCAGAGUAGUGGACCGUGAAUACGUUUUCGCCUACGCCGAUGAUCCCUGCAGCGCAAACUACCCAUUGUUUCAAAAGCUCAGGCAAGUCCUUGUAGAUCACGCCCUGCAGAACGGCGAGCACGAGAAGAAUGUGAGCACAUCAAUCUUCCAAAAGAUUGCAGCUUUCGAAGACGAACUCAAGGCAGUCCUGCCCAAAGAAGUGGAGGGAGCAAGAUCAGCCAUUGAGAACGGAAAUCCUGCAAUUCCCAACAGAAUUAGCGAGUGCAGGUCUUAUCCUCUGUACAAGUUUGUCCGCGAAGAACUCGGGACGGAGAUGCUGACCGGAGAGAAGGUCAAGUCGCCGGGAGAAGUGUGUGAUAAGGUGUUCACAGCUGUGUGUGAUGGAGGGAUCAUUGAUCCAUUGUUGGAGUGCCUCAAGAGCUGGGAUGGGGCUCCUCUUCCUAUCUGUUAAGUAUGCUUUCCAAUUGGUUUUCAAUUUUUAUUUUUUAUUUUUGGGUGUUGGGAGCUAUCCUCCAACAUGUGCUCUCUGUGGGUAAAAGUAUUGUAAUGUUUGUGGGAUGGCUCUCUAUAACUAUGUUUGUAUGUUCUUUUCUUCACUGGUAAAGAUAAAUGACAAGUGAUUGUUUACCACUUUAUUUUAA